UUCUCUGCUCUCCGAUUCCGCAAAAGGACUUCGGUGAAACAGCUUCCGCGGAACGACGUUACGACCGAUGAGGUCUCUUUCCUCCUUCCUUGUGUCCGUGAACGCGCUGUGACCUCCCCCUCCCCUCUCCCCUCCCCCUACUCCGCCAUUGUCGAACUCUUCGAGAGCUCCUCUCCUCCGGGUUUUGGUCGCUGCCGAUUGCUGUAGUGGAAUCGUGGAGCUGCGCUUUCUCGAAGUGGGUAGAUGGAUCUGGCUUGUGUGUUUAAGCAUUCGAGGUCGGCUGUUCCUGGAGCGGGGACGAGUUCUAGGGUUCCGAAUGAGCGGUUGGGGUUCGGUCGCCAUGUUUUUGGGGAAAUCAAGCUUAAUCGUGGAUCGUGUUCUGCGAGGAGGAGGAAGGGUGGACCUCGUAGUGGACAGAUUAUGUUGAGUUCGACCGUCCAAGGAACUUCUUAUGACUAUUUUAACUCACUGCCGCGGCAUCGGAGUUCGCCAAUCGUCCAUUUCUUGGGUUCUCAGAAAUUGCUGAGGGAUCAGCUGCGUUUGCAUUGCCAGGCCAACGAUUCUUUAGCGCAUGUAGACGGUGACACUCAAAGUGUCGAGGACGCUCAAUUGCCUCCUGAUGAGGAUACGAAAUCCACCGACAACGCAGAGUCAAAUGAUUCACUGGAAGAGGGAAAGGAUACUCACAAAAUAGAGAAUUUGAGGGAAUUGCUUCAAAAGACUCUAAAGGAAUUGGAGGUGUCACAGCUUAACAGCACGAUGUUCGAAGAGAAGGCACAGAGUAUUUCCGAAACUGCAAUUGCCUUGAAAGACGAGGCGGAGAAUGCUUGGAAAGAUGUUACUUCUGCUGUUUCUACUAUCCAGGAAAUCAUCAAUGAAGAGACUGCGGCUAAAGAAGCAGUUCAGAAAGCCACAAUGGCUCUUUCCUUGGCUGAGGCCAGGUUGAAGUUAGCAGCAGAAGCUUUGAAUUCAAAGAAGGAAUUGCAGGACUCUUCUGAAGCCUCUGCACAGAAUGAGGAGGAAGAGGCACUCUUGUCUGCUGAGAUAGAGAUCAAGGACUGUCAGGCCAGCUUGUCAAAUUGUGAAGAUGACUUGAAGCGGAUUCAGACUAAGAAAGCAGAGCUACAGAAGGAAGUGGACAGGUUGAGUGAGAUUGCUGAGAAGGCUCAGCUGAAUGCGUUGAAAGCUGAGGAGGACGUGGCGAGUAUAAUGCUUCUGGCUGAGCAGGCAGUGGCCCUUGAGCUGGAGGCCACUCAGCGCGCGAAUGAUGCACAGCUCGUGUUGCAGAAAGCAGAAAUCACGUUGCAGAAAGAAGAAAAGGCUGUCUCUUCUGUUGAUGUGGUAGAACAGCAAUUGCCAUCUUCCCAAGACCAGAUUAGAAGUGAAGAACCUCAUGCUAUCAAGGAGUCGAGCAAAGAUGUUCAAGAUGAUUCUGCAUUUGAAAGAGAUGAGAUGUUAAAUGGUGACAGCUUGUUUGCGGGUGAUGUUGCUGUCCAGAGUGUUGAAGAGUUUAAAUCGGCUGAUGAUGUGCGUGAUCAAGAGAAUGGCAAGUUAUCUUUGGACCCUCAGAAGGAAUCGGAACCUGAACUAGAGAAGUCGAGGAGCAUGCCACAAGCAAAGAAGAGUGAUGUACAACACAAGGACCUCACUAAAGAUAGUACGCCUCUUAGUGCCCCAAAAGCAUUGCUGAAGAAAUCAUCCCGGUUCUUUUCAGCAUCAUUCUUUUCUUUUGAUGUGGAAGACGAAGAGUUUACGCCUAGAAUGGUUUUCCAUGAGCUCAUUUCUUUUGUCAGAAAGCAAGCACCAAAGCUAGUUGUUGGAAUACUGUUUCUUGGGAUGGGAGCUUUCUUCCUCACUAAUCGGGAAGACAAGAGUGCCCAAUUGCUUAAUCAGCCAGAUAUAGUUACGGGUAUUGAAGAAGUUACAUCAACUGCAAAGCCUGUAAUUCGUGCAAUUCGUACGAUUCCGAAAAGAAUAAGGAAACUCAUCCAACAAUUACCU